CACGGGGAUUGCGGGAUGAGGCGGGGCGGCCCUCGGAAGUUCGUCACUGCCCGCGGCCGGGCCCCGCCGGAUGGAUGGCGCCUGACGCCAUCGCGGGGCGCCGCCCGUGCCGCCCGCAGCAUGGCCGUGCCGCGGGAGCCGCCGCCGCCCGCCCCGGCGCUGCCGCCCGCCCCCGCCGCCGCCGCCCCCACCUUCGCCGCGGCCCGCGGGCUCGUCGGGCGCCGCUACUCGUGCCUGGUGGUGGCGCCGCACCGCAGGCACGUGGCGCUGCCGCCGCGCUUCCUGGGCCGCAAGCGCUCCGGCAUCCGCGCCCAGCUGGACGCGGAGCUGCUGCGAUACUCGGAGAGCCUUCAGGGUGUGCCCGUGGCUUACGACAACAUCAAAAUGGUGGGUGAGCUUGGCGACAUUUACGACGACCAGGGAUUCAUCCACCUCAACAUCGAGGCGGACUUUGUCAUCUUCAGCCCCAAGAAAGGGAAAAAGCUGGUGGGUAUAAUUAAUAAAGUGGCCCCUAGUCAUAUUGGCUGCCUGAUACAUGGGUGCUUCAAUGCAUCUAUCCCUAAGCCUGAACAAAUGUCAGUUGUACAGUGGCAAGAGCUGGGGUUAAAAAUAGGGGAUGAACUGAAAUUUCAAGUGUUGCACUUGGAUUCCGAUACAGCUGGGGUGUUCUUCAUUCGAGGAGGACUCACUAAAAAAAGCAUGCGGCCCAAACGAUCUGAGACCGCUACUGACAGUUCAAAUGGGAAUGAAAUUCAAAAGCUUGGCCACCAGGAAAAUGGCUUGAAUGACUCUGGGGAAGAUAAUGUAACAGAAGAGCCUUUAAAUGAGACAAAUAACCUUGGGAGGGAAAAUGAAGAAGGGCAAAGUGUUGAUGGUGUGAAUGGGUUAUGUGAUGAAACAGGCAAGAAGAAAAAGAAAAAGAAAAAGGACAAACAAGAACAGGAACAAAUCUUGCCUACCAGUGACUCCAGUGGUUACCAAAGUGACCAUAAAAAGUCAAAGAAAAAGAAAAGAAAGCAUUGUGAAAUUGAAGAAAGUGAAUUAUCUCAGCUGUCAGAAAAACCCAAAGCUAAAAAGAAAAGGGACUAAAGCCUGAAGUGCCUUUCCUGAAUUAGAUUUCAGACUUGUUUUGUAAGUUCCAAUAAAACCCUGUUUUCAAAAUG